CUUCCUAACGAGGAUCCUGAAAUUUUUGAAGUUUCAUCCAAGUGUCUGUCUAUACUGGUUCAGUUGUAUGGAGGGGAAAACCCAGAGAGCCUGUCUCCUGAAAAUGCAGAGACCUUCGCUGAUUUACUGACAUCCAAAGAGGACCCAAAGGACCAGAAGCUUCUGUUGAGGAUUCUCAGAAGAAUGAUCACCUCCAACGAGAAGCACCUGGAGAGUCUCAAGAGUGCAGGGAGCCUCCUUCGGGCUCUGGAGGGGCUGGCCCCGGCCGGGGGGUCAUCAGCCAACAGCGCAGUGGCAUCCUUGGCCCUGGAGAUCCUCCAAGCUGCUGGACGCUAGGCAAGAAGGCACUCAGCACAGCCUCUCUGCGGUCCCUACCCCCGGCUGCACACACUCCACAGGUCACCCACAGCUCUGUGUGGGUCCAAUAAAGUCAGCUGAAUCCAGAA